GUGUAGGCUAUAGUGUCAGCCCAUUAGGUGCCAUUACAUUACGUGUAUUUUGAGCUGGGUGACUCAUAGGUUAUGUUUAUUUAUCUAAAAUCUAGCUAGGCUACUACGAAGCCCUCCUCCUCCUGCUCCGCACCCCGCCUCACAACCUGGGUUAGGCUAUAAGUCUGGGCAGCUCAGCUUUCUCUUUAUUCAACCCUCGAGGUGACUCGCUGAGAAGCAGCUCACAUCAGAAAGCAAGAUGUAUUCAGAGCUUGAGUGCGGAAUUUGUUAUCGGACCUAUAACACAGGUCGGCGGUGUCCCCGGGAGCUCCACUGCAAACACAGCUUCUGCGAGAGCUGCCUGCUGGCCCUCUCACGAUCCCCGGGACCCGAGGAGGCGCGUCUGGGAGCUGACAGGUCAAUCGUGUGCCCGCUGUGCCGACACACCACAUCCAUCUCCGGACAGGGGAAGAUGAGAGCCGAGCUGAGGGUGGAUGAGUGCGCCCUGGAGCGGCUGCUAGCCGCGGGGGUCCUCGACCAAGAAGAAGAAGAGGAGGAGGACCCGGAGGGAGACGAGGACGGUGAUGAUCAAGGCUGCGACGAGGAGGCGACGCUUCCCGAGAUUCCAGCCGAGGAGAGUGACUCCUUCCCGGGCUCCAGAGGUGGGAGGCUCCGGCGGACUUGGAGCAAAGUUUGGCGGAAGAUUAGCGGGAAGAGCUCACGGCAGAGAGGCGGACAAAACUGUAUGACCAAUGACGAGGUGAGGAACCUUGCCAUGAUGUCCUGCUACAUGUUUUAAGGAGUCUACACCUUCAGAUACCCUGGAUAAUGUGAUACUAUAGCCUAUUUAUUUUCAAUGGUUCUACUACACAACAUGAACUUGAUGAUGAUGAAACCUCACUGGCAUGGGACAUGGACACAGUUAACCAUGACUUUAAGCCCUCUGCUUGCUUGAUGUAACCAACCACUACAUACACUACAUGUCAUGUUCACCCCUUCAUACUUUGAUGGCAGUGGCUCCCUUGCAAGGUGCCAACUGCUCAUCAAAAGGAGACUAACAUUCACAUACAACGAUGGCACUUUGGGGUUCAGUAUCUUGCCCAAGGACAGCCCCCCUCAUUGUUAACUGCCAAGUGGUCCUUUUUUAAGCCUUUUAAUGCACACAUGUUUGUGAUAUUUAUUAUUUUUGAUGAAUGUAUUUAUUUUGAAAUAUUUGUUACUUAUUUAAGGAAAAAUAAAUGAGUUCUGUUUAAACUCA